CGAAUUCAUGGAUUAACAGCUAUCAUAUUACUAAACUCAAUAAUUUCUAGAACCCAAUCAAGAUCCUAAUUAGUCUUAAAGAUCUAAAUCAAAUACAAGAGAUCUUCUCACUUCUCCCAAUAUUGUUUAUGUUACUAGAACACUUCCAUAAUAACAAACAUAACCACCAAUUAGAUUAGAAACUCAACAAAUGAAACCUUCCUAAUCUCAUUAUAAUAUUAAAGUUUAAGAAAUUGUCAAAGUCAUCGAACCAUCUAGAGAAGAACUUGAAUUUUAUAAAAACAAAUGUUCUUUAUAUGAAAAAUAAAUUUAAGAACUAUCUAAUGAAAAUCAUAGACUCAAAACUAAUUGCCAAGAAAAAAUUACAUAUAUUGAAGAUACCCAUAGAAUCUAAUAAUUAGAAAAUAAUUUAUAAUAAUAUUAAAUUGAACUUAAUAGAGUAAAUACUCUCCUUAGAGAAACUACUAAUGAAACAGAAUAAUAUAAAAUUAAACUUAAUUAAAUGAACCAAUAAUUUAUGGUCUUCCAAUAAAAUCAAGUGGAAUUCGAAAGAAUCAAAAAAGGUUCGUAAGACAAUGAAUAAUAUUGGCAAAAUGAAAUUUAAAGAUUGAAUAUACUUGUCUCUCAAAGUCAAUCUUAAUUAUAAUAAAUGUAAAAAACUUUAAUAGAAUCCAAAAAAUAUGAGUAAUCAUAUAUUUAGUAACAAUAAGUACAAGGAUAAUUAACUACUGAACUUGAAAGAAUUACUACUUUACUUAAAUAAAAAUCAGAAGAAUAUGAACAAUCCAAAUCAACAUAUAUUUAAGAAGUAGAAAUUCUCUCCAAAAGAUUAAAAGAAUUAGAACUUGAAAUUUCAAACCUUAAAAAUAAGGAAAUCAAUUAUAAAUAAACUAUUGAAGAUUAAAAUAAGGAAAAUCAUAAUCUUUCUGAUAAAUUUAUGAAUGAUAUACUCAAUAAAAAUGAAGAAAUUUCUAAAUUAUAAUCUAUUAUUUAAACACUUUAAAUCACUUUAUAAGAUACUUCCAAAUAUUAAGAAUAUGAAAUUAGAUCCAAAUUAUAAAAUGAGGAAAUUAAUAAUCUAAAUCAAAAAAUUAGAAGUAAAUAAGAUGAAUUAGAUAAGUAUAAAUAAUAAUUCAUUAUAUAUCAAAAUUAAUUAUAAGAAUAUUAAAAAUAUACAGAUUAUGAAAUCAAAUAUUAAAACUUAGCACAAGAAUUUGAUAGAGUCAAUAAUUCAUUUAUGAUUAAAUUAUAAGAAAAUGAUCAAUUAAGAAAUUGUAUUGCCAAAUUAUAAAUCACACUUAAUGAUCAUUAUAAAGUAGAAGAUUACGAAAAUAAAAUUGCAUUAUAAAAUCAAGAGAUUGAUCGUUUACAUUAAAGUCUUUAACAUAAAAUUGAAGAAAUAGAUAGACUUACUAAUGAAAAUAAUAGAAUUACCUAAAUAUUGAGAUAAAGAAAUGAAGAAUUAGAAAAUUUAAAAUAUAAAUUAUAAGAUAUUACUUAAAUAAAAGAAUAUUAAUAGAGGUAUGCCUUAUUAAGUACUGAAAUUGAGAGAUUAACUGUUUAAUUAAGGAAUAAGAAUGAAGAAAUAGAAAAAAUUAGAUCAUAGUUUUCUUAAUUUUAAUUAAGUGAAGCUAAUAAAUUAAAAGAAUUAGAAUAAAAAAAUGUUGUUUAUUCUACUGAAAUUGAAAGAUUAAGCAAUUUAUUGAAAAUUAAAUUAUAAGAAAUUGAGUAAAAUAAAGUGACAAUUAAAUAGUUGUAAGAGGAAUUGGAUAAUUAAAAAAUAAAAAUUAUCAAUUAAAUGGAUGUUACAACUUUUAAUGAAAAAAUUACUUAACUAUCUUAAGAAGUAGAUUCAUGGAAGACUCAAUUUAUUAAUUUAAAUAGAGAAUAUCAUAAAUAAUAAGAAUAACUUAUUUUGUCAAAUGCUGAACUUGAUACUUUCAAGAAGUAAAAAAAUGGAUAAAUUAAAGUAAAUAUUUAUUUAAAUCUAUUUUUAGGUCGAUUAAUAUGAGAAUCAGAAUUCUAAAAUUUCAUAAUAUCAAUACGGAACAUUAACGAAUAGAAAUUUUUGA